AUGUCUGUCUCCUCCUCAUCCUCUUCUUCCCGUGCGUCUUCUCCCCAGCAGCAGCUCCAGCCCUCCUACGAGGACGACGACGAUGCUUCGUUUCUUGCGCAGCACCACGGAGGUGCCAAGUAUGACUUUGACCAAGCUGCUGCCCUAUCGUGGAUUGUAGAACAGUUGGAAUUGCGAUUGGGAAUAAGCAAAGAAAGCAUAGAAGCCGUGGUGGAGGUGGAGGCGACCAAAGUAGCUGUAAAGAGUUUCAUCCGAGGGGCUGGACCGUACAGGAAGCGGCUGAUGUUUUACUAUCAAAAGCAAACACCCAAAUACAACACCAAAGUGAUCCCGGGCUUAAGUAAAACUCACGGACUUGCUUUCCUGAAGAUCGCAUCAGCCGCCUUGAGCUCGAAAGCUAGACAGUCGGUUGAUCAAUCGGUAGGAUCAGAGUUGGAGGUGUCUGACAGCAAGAAUGCUACCAACUCCCAAGAAACCCAGCUGGUGCUGGCAAACCCCUUUCGUGAGCAGCUCAAGGGACACUGCGUAUGGUUUCUAAGAAGGGGCUCGAAUUCAUUGAAGGCGAACAAUAUCUGCGAGUAUGUGACAUGCGGAGAGGUCAUCGGCCCUUCCUUCGACUCGAUUCAUCUGAACUUGAUGGAAGUAUACAAGCACAUCCUGAUGGAUUCACAAUGGGAAGGAUGGAAAGAUUGCAAAGUCGAAGAUCAACGGGAGAUGUUGAACACCUUCGAUUCAGUGCUAGAAAAAUUCUCGAAUAUCUCAGAAGAAGCCAGGAAAGUGGUCGAGAUAGCCAAACCUGAUCAGAAGAUCCUCCUCGACGACAGGUCCAGCCUCUCUUCGGAUUCCCGCAUGAUGCAGGCACAUUGCGAAACGAUCCUCACAAAGUGGUGCGACCAGGCAGAGGAGCUGCUAAAGGAGCAAGAAUUUGACAAUUCGGCGAAACUGAUGGAUGUGAUUGGACCCAAGGAGGAGGGAGAUGGCUGGAGGACACGUCUGAUGCGAUUAGUUGGGUUCACAGAUCAACUUCGUCUACCUGAAUGCAAACAGGUCAUCACCGUUAACUCCACCUCUCAUUCCAAAUCGAGCAGAAGAUGGAAAAUCCUCGAGCUUAGAAUCUCCGAUGCUAUCAGUGCAACCAAGGAGAACGUCCGUCACUUUGCUCUGCUCGAGCCUCGUCUUGACAAGCUGUACCAACCCAAACCGAAAGUCGCAGAGAUUUAUGACUCGAUCUUACCCAUCUUUCAAGGCGUUCAGCUCCUCUGCGUCUCAGCCAAGUCAUAUCAAAAUCCGCAUGUUGUCACACAGUUUCUGAGAAGGAUAGUGAGGCAGGUAAUGAUGGCCUGCAAGAGAUCUCUGCUAGGAGACAACCAAGCUUCGGAUUCAAUCUGGAAACGAAACUUAGCAGAAGCUCUUGCCGACUCCAAGGGAGCCGAAGAUGUUCUGACCCUGCUGAAGAAUGAGUGCAACAAGACCAUCACCUACCUUGAUGGGAUCCUGAGCAAAUCUAGAAAUGUCAAGAUCGACUCCAUUACCGUCUUCCAAGGCCUCGACCCUCUCCUCCAGAGAUUCUCUCAAGUCGCCGGGGUUUUCGACUCGUGGAUCCGGUUCCGAGCGUUCGCAGACAUGCAGGUUGAGAUGCAGGGAGUGACGCAAGUCCUUGAGGACUUUGACGGGCUGAUCUUCAAGCUCACCAACGGCUUCACUAGGAACGACAUGUUAGAUGAGACUGAGAGAUACAACGACUUCUAUCACGAUUACGUCAUGUUCAAUUCCAACCUGCUGCGGCUGGAUGAGCUCCUCUGGAAGGAGCUGGAAACGACUGUACAGAACGAGGGGGUGGACAUCAACGACGUGCUGAAGUUGAUGAAGAAGUUCGAGAGCAUAUCAGGCCGGGACAAGAAGGGAGCCUGGCGGGGAAUCGAGAAGCUGUACCAGUCUGUUCUCAGGAGAUUCCUUGAGAUGAUACGAAGGAUACAAGUGGAGUACGAGGUGAACAAAGAGUCACCUCCUGCACAGAGGAACGCCUCUCCUGUUGUCAAUCACAUCCUAUGGGCUCGGCAGCUGCAGCAGCGGGUGAAGGAGUCGGUGGCGAGCUGCCAGUCCAUGAGGACGGACAUGCACGGCACGGCUCUCUUCCGGAAGUUCAUGCGCAUUGCAACGGUGACGGAUGAGACGCUGGCUGACUACAUGGCAAGAUGGUAUCAGGCCUGGACCAGCACAGUAGACGUCUUGUGGUCUGGGUUGCAGGCAACUCUUCUCAUCAAGCACCCCGAGACAUUCGAGUUCUGCGUCAACUUCGACGACGGGGUGUUGCAGCUGAUUCGAGACGCCAAAGGAUUCCUUCAUUGCGGGUUUGCGCUCCCUGAAGCAGCUCGGAAGGCGCUGGAGAGGGAGACGACGCUGAAGAGGCACAAGUCUGCUCUGAUCGAGAUCCUGCAAGAGUACCGGACAUCGAUCCAGCGCAUCCCUCCUCCUCUCAAACCCGCGAUGAGCAACAUCAUCGACGACCUCGAGUCGAGGAUGAAUCCUGGGCUCUACUCUCUCACGUGGGUCAGCUUGAACAUCGACGCCUUUCUGUUGAGCAUCCGAGCUGGUCUGGAGUACCUCAACUCCCUCAUCGAUGACACGCACUCCAUCCUCACUGACCGGGUGGAGAGGGUGCUGAAGAGCAUCCAGGACACGACGCUGAUCGAGAUUCCCGACAACGUCACCUACACGCUGGGAGGAGGAGGCAUCGACAAGUUCCUCGAGGACCAGAAGUCCACCAUCGUCCAGAAAGCCCAGCAGGUGGCCCAGCUGAACAGGGAGGCGGAGAUGGCGGUGGAAGAGGUAGUGAGCAAGAUUCCAUCCCCGUACGGCUUCCACACUGACGACAACCACUACCUGAUCGAGCUGAAGAAGCACUAUGGCUUCAUGAGCUACGUGGCCGUGCGGGAGGGGCUGGUGCUGACGCUUAACAAGCUCAAGGACAGGCUGAUUGCUGGCCCCACUGGCCUCUUCUACAUCGACCGGCCGAUCUUCGACGUCGAUGUCGAGCUGCAGUACCCCAACGUGGCUCUCGUCCCGUCCCUCGAGCAGAUCCAGCACGCCAUCGACGAAGUCGCUCAUAUGUGUAUCCUCUCCACGGCCAAGGUCGCCAUGUGGGGCUUUGAGGGAAGAGAAAAGAAGGUUACAGAGGAGGGGGAGAAGGAGGAGACGGAGGAGAAGCAGGAGGAGAGCAAGCUUGAUCAGAAGUUCUCUAUGCACUUGCACAUUGCCAAGGACAGGAAGGUGAUGAAGAUGAUUGUAAUGCUGGCGGGAGGGCUCGGGGUGCUGAAGCAGAUGGUGGAGGAGUUUCUUCAGCCGUUCCACAGGUGGGACUAUCUGUGGAUGACAGACAAGAACGCUGCGAUCGAGGUCUUCCUCAAGAAGAUCGGCCUGCUAGCUCUCUUCCUAGAAGACCCCAAGGAGAAAGACUUCCUCCUCAACCUCCACAGCAAGUCCCAGAGGAUGCGAUGGGACGCCAAGAUCGUCAGCAACCAGCAUCCCCCGCUGCGCAUCGCCAAGACGCUGAAGCAGAUUGAGAGGCACUCCAUGUCGCUGCGCUCGCCCGUCUUCGAUGCCUCUGCCGUCUCUUCCCUCCUCCAAGAGAUGGAGAGCCACUGGAAGGUGGAGCAGGAAAUCCAAGACAUCACUCCCGUGCACAACAUCGGAGCUCUCUCCCUCGACACCGUCGCUCUCAAGAACUCGCUCAAGGCUGAAGCUCGCUCCUGGAAGACGCUCUUCGCUCAGUUCCUCCUCGCCCAGGCCCUCGGCUAUGUGCGCGGCCUACACGCAGCAUGCGACAGGCUCAUCGAGGAGGUGCAGGCAACAGUGGUGGACACGUCAGUGGACGGGAUGGUCACACUCCACAAUACCAUCCAGCAGGCUGACCAGCUGGACAAGACCUACGGGUCCCAGCUGACUUUCGUGGAGUCAGUGCUCGAGAGCACUCAGGCGUGCCUUGUCGUUAGCGCUGACUCGCUGCGCGUGGAGUUCCAGCGGCUGAACUGGAAGUUUGCGGAGGUGCAGCGGCUGAAAGAGCAUGGGCACAUGGUCGUGGUGCAGGAGAGGAACAAGCUGAUCGCCAAGAUCUCGUUCGAGGAAGAGAGUCUUCGCAAGGACAUCGAGGCCCUCAAGCGAAGUUUCUUCGGGCUCGACGGCCCCACCCAGCCGCUGUGUGACCCCCGGGAUGCGCACAGGCAGAUCAAGGAGCUGAAACCUCAGCUGCUGCAGCUGGAGGAGAGGUGGAAGAAGCUGAGCAACGCGCAGAUUUCAAUGCAGAUAGACCUGAUGCCCUCCUACGGGCUCGAGGGCAUUCGGACGCACUUGGAGCGCUUCGAGCGACUUUUCAUGCUCAAGGAUCGGAUCGACGAGUCGCUGCAGUCGCUCUUCGGCAUGUCCAUCAUGAACUUCGUGACAAACAUCUCCUCUCACCUCGCGUCCAUCGUUGGGUUCCAGGAGGAGCUGAAGCAGGGGGAGGACUUCAUCAAGGAGAACCGAGCCUACAAGGAGCUGGACAGGCUCCUCACCCGCGCCUACAACAACCUCCACUGCAUGCAGCUGGUGGAAGACAUCCAUUGCAUGUCAGAAGUCCACUGGUUGGAAGUUCUGCAGGCCAGGAGGAACUCCGUUGCUUUGUUCGAUGACGCAGACCUGGUAAACAUGAGGAGCAGCCUCGACCCCUCCUCCUCCCGCCGUCUCUUCGUUUCCCAGGGCAGUCUGCACUCCAUGUCCUCCCGCCGGCUCAUGACGUCUGUCAACGUGGCCGACAUCAUGAAGAUCAACUUGACCCGCAGCGUCGAGCUGCUCAGGAUCGCAGCGGCACGAGCGAGGAAGGAGCAGUUGACACGCGACGUGAUCAGGAGGAUCGAGUUCGAGUGGAGGAGCGAAGAGUUUGUCUUCCAGCAACACAUGACUUCCUCGGGCAUCCUGGUGUACAUCGUGGAUGGUCAGUGGGCAGGAAGGACGACCAUGGCACUGCAGGAGAGCCUGUCCCUCCUCUCCAACUCCCAGUCGCUCUCCCACUCCUCCCACCACCUACAGGAGGACGAGAGUCAGUUGAACCUUCACAAGCAGGUCAAGCAGUGGUACUGGUCUCUGCUAGUGGCCAAGAGGACCCUCGCUCAGCUUAUUGAGGUCCAGGGGUUGUGGACCACCAUCCAGUGCGUCUAUCAUGAUCCAGAGGUUGGAGUGCGGGAGCCGAGAGCGCAGCGAGGGUUCCAGGUGGCGGAGCAGCAGCUGCUGAACAUCUUGAGGCAGAUGAGAGAGUACAAGAGUUUCGUGUACUAUUUCUGCGAGCGAGACUCUGUCCGCAACCUGCUGCCGACCCUCCAGUCCAAGUUCGAGCUCGCGUCCAAGGCGCUGUCUCAGUUCCUGGAGCAUCAGCGGAGGAACUUUCCUCGGCUUUACUUCGUGGAGGACAAGGACAUUAUUGAGAUGCAGUACGCCUGCGUCAACAACCCCUCCUCCCUCCGCUACUACCUCCCGCUCAUCUUUGACGGGGUGGCCGACCUGUCCUGGAGGGAGGUAAAGCCUUCUCAGGACGGGGAGGAGGAGGGAGGGGACCCGCGCAUGCAGCAGGUUCAGGUGCCGAUGGGCGUGCAGGACAGGAGGGGAAGGAAGCUUGAGUUCGUGGAGGAAGAGCGACCCACCCCCGGCGACUCGAAGAUCGACAAGUUUCUCAGCUCGAUCGAGAGAGCUACGACCCGGGCUCUGCUGGAGAACACCAAGGAAGGGAUCGAGUACUUCCUGGGCUGCUCCGACCAUGGGCUCACGAUGCUUAUAGACUUACAAGCGAUGGAGAAGGCGCUGGAGAAGUUCGAGCUGCAGACUCUCUUCCUCGUUCUCAGAAUGUUGUGGACCCUCGGGGUCAGCAACGUCUUCGACCGGGCAAGGACCAACUCCCUGCCCCUCCUCCGCCUCAUGCAGACGGCACAGCGGGGGCUGGCUACAACUCUCGAGUCGACGGCACUGGCGCUGAAGACGAGCAAGGGAGGAGAGGUGAACGCCAAAGUCUCCUCCAUCCUCUCCCUCCUCAUGAACCUGCGCGACUCCCUCGACUCGCUCAUCUCCUCCAGUGUCGAGGGCGCCAGCGACUUCGAGUGGCUGCAGCAUCCGAGGAUCUACUGCGACAUCUACAGCUCCCGCGUGUGGCUCUCCCUCCUCAACUCCAGUGUCGAGUGCCAGCACGAGUGGCAGGGUUCUCUUCCCACUCGCAUCGUCCUCUCUCCUAGCACCGAGCGCUGCCUCAUGACCAUGGCUGCCUCCCUCCGCUCCUUCCGCUGCCCCUCCCUCCUGGGCCCUGCUGGCGCUGGAAAGAAGAGCGCCAUCCAUGAGCUAGGACGCAUGACCGGUCAUUUCGUCUGCCACCGCAUGUGUACGCAAGGGUCCUCCCUCACCAGCAUCGAGCGGCUUAUCAAUGGGUCAGAGACGGCGGACUGCUGGCUGCUGCUCGAAGGCUUCAUCUCCUUCUCGCGCUCCUUUCUCUCCGUCGUCAGCAGCAAACUCAACGGUAUUCUCAUGCGCUCGGCCUCGCUGCAGCAAGACAUCUCGGUGAGCUACUCGUCCCAUGCCAUCUUCAACAACGUCACCUCCUCCGCCAUCUUCCUCUGCAGCAACGAAGCCGUCUCCUCCUCCUCCUUCUUCCAUCUCCCUGAGAACCUCCGGCGCCUCCUCCGCCCUGUCCGAGUGCGAGCAGCCGAUCGCCUGCAUUUCGCGCAGGUCAGGCUGGGAGCCAACGGCAUCCCGGAGUACGCGACGAUGGCGAAGAAACUUGACGCGGUGCUUUCCUCCUGCAAGUUUCAUCCGGUGCUGUCGCAGGGGAAGGCGAGCUGGGGCACGAGCUUGCUCCUCCGCGUCAUCAACCGCAUCAUCCUCCUGCAGCACGAGCAGAAGAAGUCCGAUCCCGACAGCCUCGUCCUCCUCGCCUUCGCCCAGGAGCUCGGGCCCCGGCUGAUCCCCGAGGAGCUGCGAGCCUUCCAGCAGGUCCUUGCAGAGAUCUUCAGCAUGGGAGCGGCGAAGCUGCAGGAGUUCAAGACGAGCGGGAGGGAGGGGCACCUGGACCUCUUGAGGGACCUCCUCCUGCACUUUCGCAGCUCAGGUUUCAUCCUCAAUGACGAGAUGCAGUCAGCAGCGCUGCGGCUGCUGGAGAACUUUCACAUCCACUCCUCUAUCCUCGUGCUGGGGCAACAGCUGUCAGGUAAGAGCAUGCUCAUUCGGCUGCUCGCACAUCUUGCGAGCUCGUCCUCCAAGUCGGCGGAGGAGAGCGGGAGAGGGCCAUUGGCUACCUUCAACUCCUCGGGAGGAGGCAGUCUCAACAUUGCAGGGGAAGCAAAAGACUCCCCAGGCUUCUCUCCGGCCAUCUCUGAGAUUGUUCGCAUUAUUCCCUCCUCCCUUACAUUCACAAGUUUCUUCGGAGCUUUCGACAAGGACACUGGACUAUGGCAGGAUGGCGUCUUCUCCUCUAUCUGGCGCGACUGCCAUGGCAAGGACGACGCCUUCCAGCAGUCAGUGUUCCUCGUCGUCCUCGACGGCAGCAUGGAGGGCGCGUGGGUGGAGCUGCUGACGAGCAUCAUGAGGGAGAGAGAGCUCUUCCUCCCCAACGGGGAUCGCAUCUCACGCAAGAGCCUCCAGACUGAGACCAAGCUCCUCUUCGAGGCUCCUCCUGCCUCCCACCUCAGCCCAAGCACCACCAGCAAGUGCGGCAUCGUGCACGUGCAGGAGGCGUGCUUGAGCUGGGAAGACCUCCUGACGCGAUGGGCGCUGACACGUCACUGUCACUUCCACAAGCUCAUCAAGAAGUUCCUCGAGGUCUACUUCCCCGUCCUCCAGCGCCACGUCAGCAGGGACGUCGCCUGCCUCUCCUCCUCCUCUCAGAACGCCGUUCACGCCAUGAGAGCCGCGCUCGCUAUCAUCGAUGCUCUCCUGCGGGAGGCCAUCGCUCGGAACCAGAUCCUGUUCGCACAGCGCGAGACGGACGCGGGAGACGCAGAGGCGCUGGAGAGAAUGGCGCUGUUUGCGCUCGUGUGGUCAAUUGCGGGAACGUGCCGGGACAUGGAGCAGCGGAAGAGGUUCACACACUUUCUAAAGAACUCGACCAGCAUCAUGGUGCCAGGAGGAGGGGGAGAGGAGGAGACGACCAUCUUCGACUGGGGCCUUGACCUUGACAGCGGUCUGUGGAUCCGAUGGAACGCAAUGGGGAUGGAGGAGGUUGAGAACUUCGGAUGCGGGGCUAUCAGCCGGUCCAAGACCUUCUUCCCCACCGCUGAGAACGUUUGUGCCUCCAUGAUCAUCAAUCUAAUGGCUCCUUCCUCGUCCUCCUCCUCGUCCUCUUCCACGUCCUCUUCCUCCUCCUCCCCUAUCGAUGAUCACGACCAGGGGAACGGGGGCUGGUCGCAGCCCAACGGGAUUCUGUUGAUGGGCUCCUCUUCCUCGGGUAAGUCCUCGCUGCUCCAUCAGAUCACGGCAGGGAGGAGGAUGCAAGGGAGCGGAGUGAUCAACUGGAGUUGCUCCUCCUUCGCCCGGGCUUCUGACAUCCACCAGACGCUGGAGGUCAUGCUGAAGCCGCUGCCGUCAGGAGCGCUGUCCCCGCUCGGGCGCGGAAGAGGAACGAUCGUCGUCGACGACCUCCACCUGGCUCCCUUGACCACGAGCGACUCAGUGUGGGAGUACCUCCGGCAGCUCACGACCGAGCACGGGAUGUACACGACGGGGCUGUCGCCCGAGCAGAGGAGGAGGAGGACGAUCCCGCUAGUCAAUCUCUCGUUUGUGCUGUGCAUGUCCUGCCAGCGGCCCACGUGCGGGCCUCUUGCCUUCUCCCUUCCUGCUGGCGACCCUGAGCAUGGGACGUGGGAGACAUUUCAGCACAAGUUUGCGACAUGGCAGGACGACAUCAACUGCUCAGUUCAGCGAGACGAAGCAGCAAGGAGGAUGAUGAUGCAGCUCGUGAAUAUCGCCAUGAUGCCUCCCUCGCGCGAGGACCUCCUCUCCAUCGCAAACAAGAUCCUCCGUCCUUACUUCUCCCACUUCUCCUCCCUCCCCGAUGUCUUGCAGUGUUUCGAUCUCAUCAUCCGCACCGUCGUGCUCACAGUGGAAGGAAUAGGAAGCAUCCUCCCACCCUCUCGCUCCCAUCAGCUCCACUUGUUCGAACUCCCCGCCAUGAUUGAGCUCUGCCAGGGCCUCUGCCUGUGCUCCAUGUCCGAGGUCCGUAACAAGAGGGAGAUGUUCCAGCUUUUCCUCCAUGAGAGCAAGAGAACAUUCAUGGACAAGUUGUCGUCCUCUACUGACCGAGAUGUUGCUGUCAGGUUCCUCAACACCGUCACCUCGAAACAUCUGUACAGAGAGUCUUCAGACCGGAAGUCGAGGAAAGUGAACUAUUUCGUGGGCGACUCUGUACUUGAGAUUGACUACAUCUCCAUCGACUACACGUUCCUUCCCAACCACAUCCACUCCGCCCCCAACGCUCGUCAGAUGUCAAAUUUUGCAAGCACAGAUCAAAUCAUUGAGGAGGAGGAGGAGGAUCAAGAUGCGGAUUCUGAGAAUAGCACCACAGGAGGAGGAGGAGGAGGAGGAGGAGGAGGAGGAAACUCUUUCCAUGGGGACAUGUUCACCAAGACUCAGUCUGAGAUACAUCACUACUACAGCAUCUGCAGGAAUCGAGAAGGAAUUGUGCCUGAGAUCUCCACGGGAGUUAAGAUGAGUCUGAGUGAGUCCUGCAACGACCCUACAGUGAUGGUUGGAACUUUGAGUCAGGAUCUCAACGAGGACUACAUGCAGUUUAUCUUCUUGAUCAACCGCCUCGUCUUCCUCAACAGAACCAUCGCAUCUCGUCUCAACAUGGAACCUGUUAGCAACUUCUUCAACCUGGACUCUCCUCGUCCUGUCGUCGUCGUCGAGCGCGAGGCCCUUCAGUCCAACCGGCUUGUCGACCUGGCGGCCAACCUUGCCAGGACAAACCUGGUCCAUGUCAGUCAGCUCAUGGAUCGCUCGUUGACUUGUGCUGUCCGCGAUUACGAGGAGAUCGGAACGUCGGAUACGAUCUUUCAUGACGUCAUUAGCACUGUUGUCAAGAGUCUGUAUGCUCACUGCGUGUUUGACGACGAGACUACAAUGUUCUUCUUCGACUCCUCCCUCUCCCAUCCUCGCCUCAUCUCCGCCAUGAUGCAGAUCUCUUUGCAGGGCCAAGGCUUCUCCUUUCUCUCCUCGUCCGACCGCGACAAGAUCUUAGAGGACCUGCGCCAACGGCUGGGGGUCAAAGGCCAGCAGCCCGGCGAGCUGGACGUCUUCACCUCCUCCGAGUUUCGGCUUAGGAAGAACCUGCAGCUGAUUGUUAGCACCUUGACUGAGCGAUCGGACAAGUUGCUGGGGUCUUCGGACCGGUUCUCCCUCCUCCAGUCCUCCUGCGAGCGCCUCAUCAAGUCCGCCCACAUCCUUCACUUCCCCGAGCUCGGGGAGGACGCCGCGACCUCCAUGGCCGCGGAGACUCUCAAGAAGAUCAGUGCAUCAGCUGGAGUCGAGCUGAAGCACAACCUGUCCUCCACGCUGACUCAGCACCUUUCGCACAUCCCGGACGCGCUCAGGAAGCUGGAGAGGAGGGGAGGGGCGGCAGGGCCAGAGAGAGGAGGAGGAAGCUGCGAGGGAGAGUUUCUCUCCUGCCUCCACUCCAAGUACGACCUCUUCCUGAGAGACUUCGAGCGGCUGCUGGAGGACAAGAUCUCCUGCUUGAAGGGAGUCUGGACGAGGCAGGAGAGAGCGGCGGAACGGAUCAAACGAGGAGAAGAAGAGCUCAGCACAUUCCAGGCGCAGCUGCGGCAGAACAACGGGCUUGCCGUAGCCAACAAGCUGAGGAUCAACAGCGAGCUGGCGGACAUGCAGGACCUGACGUACGAGAUCGAACGCCGCCGGCUCGUCCUAUCCAAGAUGGUGCAGGAGAGGAACGAGCUGGAGGGCGAGCUGGAUGCGCAGCUGGGCAACGGGUCGUUCUCCUUCAAGAUCCUGCAUGAGGACGUGAACGUCUGCCAGCAGCAGCUGAGGGAGGUCAACAGAUUUCAGAUCGAAGCGUGGAUGACUGUCAACCAGCUCUCCGACCUGACCGAGCUUGUCACCGACUCCAUCCUUCUCUUCCUCUCCAGGCAGCUCAACAUCAUCUCCUGGGCCGCAAACUCUCCUUCCGAGCUGGCAGCUCUGCUGGAGUCUUCAUCCUCUUCCGACUCGGCGAUGGAGAGGAAGGGAGCGGAAGUCUUUCCCUCAGGCUCCAUGCAGUUUUCUCGCGUCAUGUCCCGGCACAAGUCCAUAGUCAGCGCCUCUCGUCGCUUGGAUACCAGUAGCCUCGAUCAAGAGUGCCUGCAAGAACUCGCGUCGAUCGACAUGAGAUACAUCACAAGCUCGUUCUCUUGCUACACCUUCUGCUCCACCCUCCUGAUCUUCUCGUCCAGAGAGACUCUGGAGCUCUUGGAGCCGCUUGUCAACUCGCAAACCUUCACGAGCUCGCUCUACGGCAUGCAGCAGGAGGACUUCUCCCCAGGAAGCAGCUGGGAAUCGCACGACGACGUGGGCAAGUUGCUGUGCAGGACGGUGCUGUCCAUGUACCGCUACGCGUCUGCCCUUGCUGGGAUCCACGGGGAGCAUGCGGAGCUGAAGAGAAAGCAGGACGCGAUCAUCUCGUUGACCGAUGAGAUCAGGAGGUGGGAGAAGAAACUGCAGCAGAAGCAGCAGAACUUGGACGUGCAGAUGGAGCAGAAGCUGCGGCUGAUGGCGGACAGCCUGAGGCUGAGGAACGUCAUCAGGAUGGGGAGCGAAGCGAUCAAGUUCCUGCGGGACCACAGCGCUGACUGGAUCCGGUCGGACGAGGACAAGGAGAAGAAGAUCGGAGAAAUCGCAGUGGAAGCAAGCUGCCUCUCCUGCUUCAUGACUUACGGGGGCAUCCUCCGCUCCUCCCUGCGGUCAGAGCUGAACAGGAUCGUGCUGAGUGACGCAGUGAACAGAGGACUGUGGAGGAGCAGCAGGCAGCUGGAGGUGCAGGAGGUGCUGCUGGAUGACUUCGAUCGCUUCCUCUGGAGAGUUCGACUGGACGACGAACAGCUCAUCGACUCUGCCUGCAUCCUAGUCUUCUCCUCGUCUAUCCCCCUCGUCCUCGACCCUCACGGCAUCGCUGAGAAGUGGAUCGUAGACGCCACCAGCUCCUUCAGCUCUCUCCGUCCUGUCUCAGCCGGACGACCUCAGUCAGAUUUUCUCGUCUUCGAGGAGAAGAGAGAGAAUUCCUCCGUCGCUCACAGUGCUGAGGUCUUGCAGGAGCUCCGAGCUCGAGAGCCCCCACAGAGCAAGUGGAUCUUCACGUCCAAUUGGCAGGAGGAGGAGGAGGAGAAGGGCAUGUCUAGCAAUCCUCGGGACCGCAACGCCAGCGGCUUCUGCCGGGCGAGCAUGGAAGACCUCCCCUUCUUCUUUCGCAUGCUCGCGCUGGCAUGCGAGACCGGUCUGGUGCUGCUGGUGAAGGGGGUCCGGGACCUGAUGGCCCUCAGGAGCCUCCCAGCUGAAGUCUUGAUAUCCCCGCAGGAGAGGAGGAGGAACAAGGAGAAGUUCUCGAGCUUCCGCUACUUCGACCCCGUCCAGCGUAAAGAGAAGACCGUCAGCGUCCAUCACGAUUUCCGCAUCCUCCUCCUCAGCUCUGCUGCGGAUGCUCCGACUUCACUCAAGAGCUUCCCGCUCCUCAACGUCGUCGACUUCUCCAUCAGCUCUGCUGGGCUGGAGCACCUCCUGCUGGAUCGAGCAGUCAGCCUGGAGAGGAUGGAGUUGUGGGAGGAGAAGCUGCAGUUGUCCAUGGACAUUGGCAAGGCCUCCACUGCCCUCAAGGUGUUGGACGGAGACAUCUUGUCCUUCCUGGCGGGGUCGGACGGAGUUCUGCUCACCGACACCGCCAACCUGAGCGUCAUCUCCUCCUUCCGCAAGCGUGAAGUCGAUCUCAAGUCCAACCUGGCCAUCCAGCAGGACCGCAUCAAAAUCCUGGACGCUGAAUGCCAGAGAUUUGCAGAGCUUGCAAGGGUGGGUGUGGACAUGUACAAUCUGACGUCAACCCUUGACGCGUUCACGCAAGAGAGCAUCGUUGUCUCCAUUCACUUCCUAGCCAUCACCUUGAAGGAUUGCAUGCAGAGCUCCUAUCUUCCCAAGGGCCCGAACCGCCAUAUCCAGUCUGUCACCAACUAUCGCUCCGAGCUCCACAACAGGAUCGUGCUGGGCCUCGACGCAGACAUGAAGUGGCUCUUCACGUGCUACUUCGCCCUCUGGUCCCUCGUCAACUCUGGCGUCCUCCUGCAGUCUGAGUUCCUGCCCUUGGUCGCCCUCCUUUCGGGCAGGCCGCUGCCCGGAGGGUCCGACGAGAGCUCGGCUGCCCAGUCCUCCCCCUACGUCAAGGGAGGGGACAAGAAGGCCAACAUCAAGUCUCCCACAAGAGGAACCCCCUCGUCCUCCUCCUCCUCCAGGCCCAGGAGGCUCAGAGGCAUCGGCCAGCACUUCGGGGACUCGGACUUCUCGGAGCAGCCCGAGCACAUGAAGUGGCUGCCAGCCAGCGCGUGGGGGGAGAUCGUGAGAGUUUCUCAGCUCUGGCCGCCUCUGCGGGGGCUGCCGGGGAUGAUGGCGCGCGAGACAGACCCGUUCCGGUCAGACUGGCGCGCCCUGUACUUCAAGGAGCAUCCGGAGACGAUGAUGGCGGAGGUAGCAGGGCUGCUGUCGGUGGACGAGGAGCCGAACAAGGAGAGGAGGAAGAUGCGCAUCUGUGACCACAUGCUGGUCAUCAACGCCCUCCGCCCUGACCGCAGACAUUCUCUCCUCGAGCACGUGAUCGCCGAGGUCCUUGGCCCGGAGUACCUCCCCUCCAGGAGGAGCGACUGGGAGACGAUCUUCUCCGACAAGACCUGCUCCAACGUCCCUGUCCUCUGCCUUGCCAGCCCGCAGGAGCUGAUCAACCUGCCGCAGAGGCUGCAGCUCCUGGCCAGCGCCAACAGGAUAGUCAUGCGCACGAGGAGCAUCUCGGACUACUCCAGCAGGAAGCAGCUUCUGCGAGAGGUGACGGAGGGGAUGGAGAGCGGGAGCUGGCUGGCGAUUUGCUUCAUCCCCGUCACUGAGAGCAACGUAGAGGCGAUCAACAGCAUCCUGUCCUUUGUCCUCCUGAGGAGAGUCAUUCACAAAGACUUCCGACUGUGGCUGGUAGUUGACGACAUGUCUGCCAUCCCCGCCCGCACGGCUCAGAAUUGCUUCAAGCUCCGCGCCCACGACAACAUUAACGAUGGAGUUUACGAAGCGGCGCUGGAGGUGGCGCAGACGAUCAAGGACGAGUACGUGCAGGCAGGGAGGGGGAAGACGGACUUGGAGGUGGGGAGAUUCUUUCUUUCGCUCUGCAUCUUCCAUGCUAUCCUGCACGAGCGGUUGAAGCAUGCCGGAGGAUGGUUCAGCGGGCAGACAGUCUACGAGGACUUCGAGAACGCCGCGAGGUCUCUCUACAACUGGCUGCAGUCGACCAUCAUGCAAGGCCUGCAGGUUGAGUGGCGGCACGUUCGCUCCCUGGUCGCCAUCGAGUACGAGGGUCAGGCAGGCAGCAGCUUCGACGCUCGAGUCCUCGCAGCGCUCAUCAACCGCUGCUUCCAUCGCGGCAUCCUCAACCCUAAGCACGAGAUCCUCCCCGGACUCUCUAUCCCCUCCUGCGGCAGCGCCAGUGCCCUAGUGAAGGGGCUCAAGAGCAUGGCGGGGAAGAGCAAGGUCGAGCUGCUGUGGCUCGACCGCCAGCAGUCUCUCCGUGACAUCCUCGAGCUGGACGACGAAGUUCUCUCCCUCAUCUACUCCAUCCACCACGUUGAGGGCUCUUCCAGCUCGGACCCAGCUCAGGGAGAUAUUCCGCCCAUCUUCAGCACCCCCAAGAGCGUGUCUCCAGCUGCCCCCAAGCUGUCCCGCAAGGACGUGACCCGCCAGUCCUCUUUCCUCCAGCCCCCCGACAAGGGCAAGAAGGUCGCCCAACCGCAGGCGUCGCAGCCCCAGGAGAUACAGCUCCCCGUGCGCGAAAGGUCCGAGCUGGACAGCAAGCUGAUCGUGCUGGUGAAGGCGGUGCUCGAGCAGCUGCCCAGCUCGAUCGAGGGCUCCUUGCUCGAGCAGGUGGCGGCGAGUGACGAAGUCCUCAAGCAGCACCUGAGACAGGAGGUGGACGCGUACAACAAACUCAACUCCUACCUACGGCUAACUUUGACGAGCACUCUUGGGUCGCUACUUGGAGCUACUGGGGUACAGCGGGAGGAAGUGCCUCCAAAGUGA